AUGAGUGCCGAGAGGAUCAGCGAGUACGUCACUCUUGUGUCGAACGACGGCUAUGAGUUUAAGCUCCUUCGAUCGGCGGCGUGCAUCGCAGGCACGAUCAAGAGAGCCUUGAACCCUGAGUCUGGUUUUCAGGAGACAACACGAAACCGUAUGGACUUCCCCACGAUCAACGGUGUUGUACUCGAGAAAGUGUGCGAGUACCUAUACUACAAUCAGAAGUAUGCAGACAGCAAAGAUGUCUCUGAUAUGGACAUCCCACCAGAGCUGUGCCUGGAGCUGCUGAUCGCCGCGGAUUACUUGGAUGGUAUGAUAUGCUCUUCCAUGACCAUCGAUCGAAGCUCACAAAUCACAGUCUGA